AUGGCCGAUCGGAGAGCGCAAGUUUAUCAGACAAGGGGAAUACUGAGAAGGAGUGGCGAGGGUCAGAUGAAGGGCUCUACAGUCUUGUACGCCACCACGGCUUCACUGGCUAUCGCCUGUCCUCUGCUAGCCAUGAUGUGCCUUUCGCUCUUUGCUUCCUUCGCCGUCCUGCUCUUGGCAUCCCCUCUCCUCCUGAUCUUCAGCCCCCUCAUAGUCCCCGCCGCCGUCCUCCUCGGCGGCGCCGUCACCGCCUUCGCCCUCGCGACGCUAAUGGCGAUCGCCGGCAUUUCCGCUUUCUCGUGGAUCUACCGGUCCUUGACAAGGAAACCAUCUUUGCAGAAAUCUGUUCGUGGGAUGGAUGGUGGCCCAACCAUGGUAACGGAAGCUGGUUUUGAGGCGAAAGGGCCCGACACGAUCCUCUCUGCAGAUGGUCAGGUCCAGAAGAAGGUUCAAGUUGGCGCGCCCUCUUGA